GAGAAGGGCCGAAAAGGGAAGGUGGCAUUUGUUGUCAGUGGUCGUUGUGGAUUUUGCAUAUUAUACAAUCCCAGACGAAGGACAGACGAUUAUAUUACUGGGGGCAUUUAACUACAACAAUUAUCAGUGCCAGAUUAUUAUCAGUGCAGCGGCUACGGUGCAACGUUAAAUAAGCAGGAGCAUCGACAGCGGGAAGAGCUCUCCAGCAAGCCGGACGAACGGACGGACGGACGGACGAGCGGGCGAACGGACAGACGGACAGACGUCAAACACAAUGUCAACAUUUGCGAUCCGCCUAAACCGAAACCAUUGCGAAAACAGUCUCGACGCGCAGCUGAACAGUUGAGAAGCAUUCGGGGUUCUUGUCGAGACCCAAGCUAACAGACAUAUCCGGAGAGCGAAUCAGUAGCAAUUAAAUCUGAAUUAGUCCAAACCAUCAAAUAUGCUAACUACGGACAAAUCCACAGCGGCGGCGGCGGCCCCGACGCCGAUAAUUGUCAGCAGCAGCAAAUCACAGAAAUCUCAUUGCCAUGGCCCAUCGCCCUUGCCCAUUGCUGCAUUGGACCAGCAUCAGCCUCAUAUCCAUCACCUGCAGCACCUGCACCAUCCCACCCACCCACACACAACACACCAAGGCCAUGUCCUUGCGCCGAGCCAGAGUGAGAAAUACUCGGCGGACACACCACGGCGAGAUAUGCACGAGCUUCUGCUGGAGCUGCUCGAUGUGCUCAUCUCCUGCCUCCUGGUGGCUCCCUGUGUGAUUGCCUAUUGGCGCGGCACCUGGGAACUGAUGGGUGUGUUUCUCUUUCCCACUAGUCUGCCUUUAUCCGCAUUGGCCUCGUUUCUGAUCGGAGGCCUGGGCCAUUUUGUGUUCACCAUUACGCAGAACUUUUUCAAGGAUCACAUACAUCCGGAUAAGCGAAGACUUACCUACUAUGUCGUCUCGCGCCUGUAUACGGCCAUCUUUGGCAUUGUCUGUGUCAAUAUGUGGCGAGGGGCUUGGAUGCUCUGCGAUUGGCUGACCAGCAUUGAAUCGCUGGCCAUCAUUUCGGUGGUCACGGUGGUGUCUCUGCUCUUUCUGGUGGCCACACGAACAUUGCGUAAUCUUGGUGCGGCACCUUACACCGUCACCAUGGAUCACAAAAGUGAUUUCUUUGAAGUGGAUACAAUGUUUAAGAUUCCGGGCUUCAAUCAACCUGGUCUCUAUGUGCUGGACACACUUUUCUCGGUGUUUGUAAUAGGCAGUCUGGUGGUCAUUGCCUGGCGCGGUGUUUGGGGCAUAUUUGAUCUAACUCUGUUUCCCACCAACAAGGCAAAAUCAGCUUGGGGAUCACUGCUCAUUGGCUAUCUGACUGUUUUCGUGACUUUCGUGAUCCAACCAUUGAUGCGUUAUGUUUGCCGAAGAAUCGAUGGCAUUUUGAAACUAAUCAUUUGUGACAUUUACUAUUUGAUGUGCUUUUUCGGAGCUGUGAAUGCCUGGCGUGGUAUAUGGAAUUUGCUCGAUGUUUAUCUCUAUCCAGAUAAUCGCGUAUUGAGCUUUUGGCUGACACACAUCAUUCCCUUCCUGAUGUUGGCCGCCUUCAAGUGUGCCAACUCCAUUCUGGUGCGUGGCGUUUUCAUCGAUGCCGAAGGUCCUGGAGCCGAGAGUGUUGACAUUCCAAUUAGUUAUACGCGUCUUCAUUUCCUACGCGAACGCCGCAAGAAAGCCAAUCAGCCACCACAUUAUUACCUUAAGACGGAUCAGGCCUCGUUUAGUGUCAAGCAUGCGGAAAAGGAUAAGGAGGCACAGAGUAGUCUCAUCGAGAAACAGCCACACGCCCAUGCCCAGGCUCAGAUUGUGUAGAGAAUUUGUUUUCGUUUGUUAUCAUUAAUUUUCGUUUCUACGUCUAGAUGUUAAACUAAUGUUAAAAAUGUUAACUAAACUUAAUUUCAAAUUUCAUCUUUAAUGAGCUUACUUAAGUGUGUGAGUUUAAUAUCUUGCAAAAAGCGAAGGCAAUAUACAAAAAAUCAAACGAUAUUUGUUACUAGUGACGAAAGCAUAUACCCCAUGCCAUGGGCGUGUCAGUCAGCCCAUGCCUACAUUUUAGCCUUGUAUAUUUAAAUCUUAAUAUGCGAAUUAAAGAAAUCUUUGUAAAUAAUAAAUAUAUUAGUAUUUACAUAAACACAUUUAACGAAGA